UCCCAAUUCCCCCAUUCUGAGAAGUGAGAUCCCCAAACCACUUUAACGAACAGAAGAAAAGAGAAAACUAUAAAAAUGGACGCAAUCGAUUCCGUCUUUGAUCCACUGAGAGAGUUCGCCAAGGACAGCGUCCGCCUCGUCAAGCGCUGUCACAAGCCCGAUCGCAAAGAAUUCACCAAGGUUGCCUUCCGUACGGCAAUCGGAUUCGUGGUGAUGGGAUUCGUUGGGUUCUUCGUGAAAUUGAUCUUUAUUCCUAUCAAUAAUAUCAUUGUUGGAUCUAGUUAGAUCAGUUGGAGAUCACAUUGAUCUCUAGCAUGGAUACUGGUGGUUGAUUAGUUUGAUUACAAUGUCCAGACUCCAGAGAACAAUUACAUUUUAGCGGAAAUGAAUACUGUCAGUGUUGAUGUAAGCUUCUUCAUUAUUUGCUUGUCUUGAGACUAUAAGAUGAAGGAUAUCACUUGAAAUUUCUAGUAAUUUCCCUCUUUUCUUUUA